AUGACUCGAGAUAUCCGCCGCCCUGAAAAGGGACCUCAGCCCGAGACCAGCCUCGAUGCUGAUCUCCUGGCUGCGCUCUGGGAAGACGCCCCGUUUGCGCGCCUGCCUCCCGAUGCGCCGCCCGAGCUGAAGGACAUGGUCCAGACCAUCGAGAACCCGAAGCGCGUCUACGCCAUCCACCGAGCCAGUCGCCGUCACAACUUUCAAAUCCUCGUCGAGAUAUACAUCCUCCAGCUGCGAUACGGAUGCGACUCCAAGUCGUGUACGACCGCGACCUGUUUCUCCUGUCGCAAGCGCCUCGCCGGCAAGGCCCCAGUACGGAGAUACAACACCACCAGUGCAAGGACCUUGGCUGUCUACCUGGCUAGCCAAGACAACCCGGAGACCGGGCUCUGUCCCUACCUCAAGCCCCCGAAAGAGACUCCGGCCGCGCUGAACUCGCUCAUAUUCUCGCCGAACCCCGCCGCUCCGGCCUUUAGCGACCCAUUCUCGAAGCGUUCCGCUGCACCGAAGGAUCCAAGGCGGCGGAAAUCAGGCACGGCUAGCAGAUUAAAUGGCGAAGACGGUGGUUCUCAAAAGGCCAUAUCCGAUGCUGAGGAAACGGCACGUCGACCAGCCUCUCCCUCCAAGGAGCGAUCGCAUUUCGAUUCGACAACGGGCGCCGCCAAAGCCGCUUUUAAAGUCGCUGAAAGGCCCAUCAGCAAGGACUAUCGCUCGUUCGCCGCCAACGUCUUCGGGACUGUCGCCUUCAAGAUGCUGGAAUGGCUAACUCCAGCUGGCCUGGAUGCCAUGUCUGAGAAGGUUGCGGCUCUAGAGGCCGAUGCGACGCAAAGCCCCCCGAGGGAGGAAACCCAAAGAUCACAAAAGCCGUCAGGCCAGUCAACACCCAUGCAAUCAAUACCCCCCGUCAUAUAUGCCGACAAAACCUCGAGCGAAGUACCCCAGCCGAUGACGGACCAUGGGCCGGACGCUGUUCUGGACCAGGCUUCCCAAAAGCUGCAUGGUUCAAGUUCGACGAUGCCUAACUCAAGGCCAAGCAAGCCUAAGAGGAGCUCAAGCGCUAGAGUGAGGGCCAACUCGAAGCCGACAAGGAAGCUCUCCAUCGAGCCAUACCCAACCUCAUCAUUGCCCGAGGAUGUGACAUCAGGGUUGGCUUCUCCCAGAACGUCCCACGAAAAGCCGCAGAGGCCAUCCAAAACACCACACGUUAACCCUUACGCCAUCCCUGAAAUACCAUCGACACCCUCUUUUUUUGACAAUGUGCCGCCGCAAAAUCACUCGGUGACGAUUGUUCAGGAGCCAGAGUCACCACCAAAGACGAGUCUUCGCAACGUUAGACCGCCAGCAGAGAUUCCUAGCUCACAAGAAGGGGUAUCAGGAACUCGGUUUGCACAAGCGGAUCAUCCAAUCAGCGACACGAAGCAGAAGGAGCAAAGCGAGGAGCCGGUCGACGUUUCAAUUGCCGAUAACAUGCUUCCGCAAUCAUUGACACACCUCAACGUCGAAGUCGUUGAUCUUGUAUGUGACAUACUACAAGAUGACGGCACCUCAGAAUCCCAUCUCCUUGACCCCCCCAAAAUUACCAGCACGUACUCCGGACUCAAGGACCGGGCUCCCAAGAUGCAGAGGAAACACAGCCCUAGAAGCACCUACCCUAAGCGGCUCCGAAGACAAUGGAAGCUGUUUAUCGAGCAAAGCCUGUUCAACAUUUUAAGCGACCCCGCCACUCUGGUCUCAUCCUUCGUCAAGGAUGAUGAACUGCUUGAUUCUCACACAAUCUGGUACUGUAUGCUGAGGCUUACACGAGUGGCGCCCAGUCUGGUGUUUCACAGCUUGUGGAUGGCUGCUGGUAGUCUUUUUGGCGCACCCAAGUCACUCCAGUCGUUGCGCUCCCCUACCACCAAAGUCUUCCGCCGGACUGACCGGUCUCUCGCCGGUCUUGAGGCCGGCCACUUGCUAUCAAUAUGUCUUCACGCAUUGGUAGCGGCGGCACCGUUGAUAACAGACUCUAGAAUACUGUUCGAUAUGUCACGCAUCCGCUCAAAUGGUCUCACUCUGGCGGGUAGCGGUGCUCUGGCGCGGCAACCGGCUUGGUUGUGCCUUCUUUAUGAUGACGCAUUCUCGAACGAUAUGGCACUCAGGCUAGCGAGGCGCCUAUUUGCUGCCAUUUCUGCGCGGAAGUGUUUUGCGGACAUGGCCGCGCAAGACGAUGGUGCCGAGAAUGGUGACGAAGAGUUGGAUGCCCUUCGACCUCUCCUUUCUCAGCUAGACUUGCUCAACUCGUACUCGUCUUCCAACCCCGAGCUGGGACAGCUUGAAAGGGCUGGUCAUGAAUCAAGGGUCUCAACUCUACUUUUAGACUGGGCCAAGACAGUCAUGCUUCAGGAGUGGGACGGACAGCCUGAAAUCUCAUGCGAUGGCUCCUUCGGCGGAGCUCUGUCAUUGAUUGCUGCAAUGUGCAAGUGUAUAAAUCUUUAUCUCUUGGGCCAUUCUAACUAA